AUGGCUGAGUCCCGCUUCUUCUUCCUCCAACAUCUCUCGCUCUGCUCGCGUGAAUACUCGGGCUUUUACCCUCACCUGGAUCUCUCCAAUCUGUUCUUUCCACGCCUGAAGACGCUAUCACUAGGAAACUUCUGUUUCUUCCAUGAUGGCCAAAUCGACUGGAUUCUAAAGCAUGGCGACACCCUCGAGGAAAUCUACUUCGAUGACUGCGCCAUCCUCUACGACUUUGGUAUGAUGGAAGAGAAUGUGGACGCCUGUGCUUUACCUAGGGACACUUUGGUGCGCCGCGAGGGCGAUGAGUCUUUGUAUGGUUCGUUCGAGAAGCGAUGGCACCAUAUUUUUGAUCUAUUUGCAGAGAAACUGCCAAAACUGCGACACUUUCGAAUCGGCCGUAGUAAUUGGUACCCGGAUAUUCCAUUUGAGCAGGAGAGGGAUAUCAAGGUCGGGCUGUAUUAUAAUCGGUAUAUGUGCUGCUAUGAUGGAUAUGGCCCUUCGCCUUAUAUGGAAGGUGAGGAUCCCGAAGAACUCGCAAACCUUGAGAAUGCGUGGAGACCGUCACCAGAAUGUGACGAUGAGGAUCGCGCGGCACUGCGGAAACUAUUGGCAAAGCUUGGGCAUUCUGUCCAGGAAAGUUAUUCGAAUAGACACUCUGGUGGUCAUAUAGUGGAUCUUGUUCAGAGGAGAUACGGAUCCGCAGAGUGA